GGGAGGCGGCCGGGCUGCCGGGAAGAUGGCGGGAGGCUGGUCGCUGGUGUCUGCUGCAGCUUUGGUGCGGCGGAAGAGUUGGGACUUUGCCGCCAUCUCCUUCGGCCCCACGGCGUUGCUCUCCCGAAGGAUCGAGAGAACGCCACGGAGGCUCCCAGUUUGCAGAUGGAAGACAAAUCUUUCUUUCCUUAGUCGACCCGACCUUCCAAAUCUGGCUUAUAAGAAGUUAAAAGGCAAAACCCCAGGUGUUAUUUUCAUCCCAGGAUAUCUUUCUAAUAUGAAUGGGACAAAAGCAAUGGCAAUUGAAGAGUUUUGCAAAUCUCUAGGCCAUGCCUAUAUAAGGUUUGAUUAUUCAGGAUGUGGAAGUUCAGAAGGCAAGUUUGAAGACUGUACAGUGGGGAAAUGGAGGAAAGAUGUUCUCUCUAUAAUUGAUGACAUAGCAGAAGGACCUCAGAUAUUGGUUGGAUCUAGCAUGGGUGCCUGGUUAAUGCUUCAUGCUGCAAUUGCACGCCCACAAAAAGUAGCAGCUCUCGUUGGCAUAGCUACAGCAGCAGAUAGCAUGGUAACACAAUUUAAUCAACUUUCUGUUGAGGCAAAAAAAGAUAUAGAAGUGAAAGGUACAUGGAAGGUGCCAACAAAAUACAGUGACGAUGGAUUUUAUAUCUUUCAGUACAGUUUCAUUAAAGAGGCAAGUUUCCACUGCUUGUUACACGGCCCUAUCCCUGUGACGUGCCCUGUAAGAUUGCUCCAUGGCAUGAAGGAUGAGUUCAUUCCAUGGCAAACUUCCAUGCAGAUUGCUGACCAUAUAAUCAGCUCAGAUAUAGAUGUCAUCCUUCGUAAAAAUGGUGAUCAUCGAAUGAAGGAGAAGGAGGACAUCAAACUUCUUGUGUAUACCAUUGAUGAUUUAAUUGAUAAGCUUACCACCUCAAAUUGAGUUUAUGGUGGCACAGAUAUACACUUUAUUGUGUGGCCAACCAAAAUCCUGUUUUUAAUUGAAAUGGCAGACUAGCAAAUCAGGAAGGUUGUAAGGGGUGACAAAUGAAAAGUACUGGCCUUCAAGUUUUUUUCUCUUACCUCCAUAUUGUAAAUACUGUAUGAGAAUUUUCUUAAUGCUGCAUUUGCACAGAUGGUAGAUAUUGUGAAAAAGUAUAGGUUACUGGAGGUAUUUUUCUCUUCCAUCCUAGACUUUUUUCAUUACAAUGUUUCCUACACUAUUUUUUACCAAGAAAAUGUUUGUGUUGAUUGUGUCAACUGUUAUAUUUGGUUAAUGCUUCUUGAAUUGUAAAGUAAAGCUUAGUUUUUCAUUUGGGGCCAUUAAAUAUGAAGAUUUGUGCAAUAAUUGUAAUAUUUUAUGUUCAAAUAUGCAAAUUCACAAAAUGAACCAGAAUUGUUCAAU